UCGUAUUACUCCACAUGAAACAGGCUCGAGAAAGAAUUCAAGAGUUUGAACGAUUACAAAAAGCACGACAUCUUCUAGAUGCCAUUUCAUUAUUAAACGAUUUGCUUGCUGAUGGUUCCGAAAUAGAAAUACUAUCGCUUGCUGAAAUAAUAGUGAGAAGAUUAAAAAAGUUAGGUGUGACAAAUAUAACGUCUGAUAAAGAAAACGAAUAUUGGUAUAAAAAUACGAGAUUAUCAGCUUCGAGGUUUACACAUAGCGGUAUUUAUCAUUGUUGUACAUUUUGCUCCAGUGGUGGAAAGAAAGAAAUUAUUUGUGGCUGCAGAGGCACCAUGCCUGGUGGUUACAAAGGUUGUGGCCAUGGACAUAUUGGACAUCCAGGCUUUAAUCAUUGGUCUUGCUGUGGAUCUAUAUUACGUAAUGGACGUUGCUUAAUUAUACGAAAAACUAUGCAUCAACUUAUAUUGUAUCGCAAAGUACUCUAUUGACCAGUUUACGUCGCACGGUGUCCAUAACUGAACGAUGUUGUAAGAGAUAAUGCGGUG